AUGGCCGUCUCGGAUCGCGACCCCCGCGUCCUUGAAGGUCUUAGGCUCAUGAGGCUUGGUCUGCCCAACAUGGCGGACAAGUUUUUCGAGCGGAACCGCGCCAUGCCGGCAGCUGUCUCGUACGUGAUUGACAACACGGGCCUCACUGGCACUAUCUCGAAGCACGGUUACACCAAAUCGGUGAACUACGAGAUGAUCCACUAUAUCAUAGCCUUCGAACGCGAUGGUCAUGAUAUCCUUCCUACCCUCAAUGGCUACAUCCAUGGACAGAACUCCGUUAACACCAACCGUCACACAUUCGGGCUCCUCCUCGACCACUUCCGCACCACACCCCAGUCGAUCAAGACGAAAGACAUGUAG